AUGUGCGCCUCAUUCCAGAAGUGCUCUGCUGUUUCACAAGAAAAUGUUAUUGCUCAACCGUAUACGUGGUUGCUUGCAUCCAGUAUGCUUUCCAAACCCAUUUCUUCUUUUCAAUUUUUCACGAUUCUUGUGCAUACCAUUUGCUUCACGUGUAUAAGGCAAAAUAUUAUAUAUAUUCAAAGAAUAUAUAUUACCUGUGCUGUUUCGAUCAUGUUGAGGAGGAUGGAAGAUUGCUAUAUUGAUUAUGUGGCGGGGCUUCUGGCACGGGGUAACAUUGACAUGAACGUUGUAAGGACAACACUUGUUUCACUGGGCUUUGAUGAUAGAAGCAUAGACAUCAUGCUCGGUGAGGCUCUGAAUUUGCGUUGGACGAGUGGUUCCUCAUCAACCACACUGACCGCCUCCGAACCCGCCUCGGAGACGGCUUCGAGAACGAGUCUAGAGAAGGGGGCCGUUCCCUUCCUGUGUGGGGAUAACGCGGUUAAGCUCUCACGAUCUUAUCCAUUGGGGGAGGUUCCGGAGGGCACGGGUAGUGUCGACACAAGUCAGCAGCGCCUUCCUGUUGACUUUAGGGACAAAAUUAUAUCGUUGUCGAGCACCGGCAGCCAUUCGUGCAUGUGCCAGGAAGACCCUUCUUCCUCUUGCACGACUGGUAUGGGCUACGAACCUGAGGUUGGAUUGCCACCCUUCAUCAAUGCAGAAGGCUGCCAGCAAGACCGUGGUAAUGUGCCAGGUGAGCGCUAUAAAAGACAUUUGGAAGCCUUGGAAGAAUUACUCGGUGUUGUCUGGUUUCCUAGCAAUGAGGUUGUUGAUAGGUGUGUACCCCUGAGAGUGCGGAAUGAGCUGUGCCGAAGCCGACUGAAGAAGUUGAUAAUGUGUGGCAAGGGGCCAGAUAAAAUACUUCUCCCCCUGCCACAGUACCUUUAUGAAGCGGAACGUGAGGAUUGGGGAACGCCUCAGAAGAGUUACGAUGACCGAGCGGUUCGUUUUUUCCGCCAUUUGGACACGUGUGAUAGACAUCAUUCCUCCAUUCAACGGCGAAGGAGUCGCUCCCCCCGGCAAAGACGUCCCUGUGAUGGUGCCCUGGGUCACUGCGAACUGUGUAGGACCCUAUCUUAUAGAUUUCUUUUAUCCUGCAAAGGAGAACAACGCUCACGGCCGCAGACAACAUCCGCCGCCGCUGGUGGUGCGUGCCAUGUGAAAAUGAGACCGCUUUCUGUUAACACGGUUGGGUGUGGAAGGAUUAACGUAAAAGCCGUUGCGACGACGCUUCCGCGGCGUGAGGAUCGCGUGGGGAAGGCCCUUGCCUACCGUGCUGCGUGGAGCAGAUUUGGUCUCUGGCCUGCGAUAUAA